AUGUUUACUUCAAGUUCACUAAGUGCUCUGUUGCCGCCACCUAAAAACGCUCCCGCAACAUCUUCAAAUGACCAACUUCAAAGGCAGAUAACUGCAAAGAACCUAAGUGAUGAGGGAACGAAAUCGAAUAUAAAACCCAAGGAUCCUGGAACCACAACUGCUGAAGCGCUCAUCGCUCGGAGCCGUAUAAGUUUUCAUGAGUUUAUGCCUUUAAGACAAAUGACAAGCAACGUUUCUAUACCGUUACCAACCGAUAAGGAAAUCGAGAAAACAUGGCUAGAUACUAAGAACGUUUUAGAUGGUAUUCUUAGCAAGAACACGCAAUCGAUAGACUUUGAUCCACUUAGAAACAGGAGUGAGGUAAAGAGCAUUGAGAUAAGAAACAGUCAUGAACCCCAAGGCCCAAAAAAGUCCGUAAAGGUCAUAAAACAGGUCUCUGAUCCACUGCAACCUAAGAUGUUCAAGAUCAAGAAGCGGGUGGCUCCUCCCGUUGAAGAACCGUUUGCCCCCAUUUUGCACAAAUCGGGCUCCGGUGGUUUCACCUUGACGCAAGAAGAGAAAGACGACUGGAAUAUUCCAGCUGCCAUUUCUAACUGGAAAAAUCCCAACGGCUAUGCUGUUGAUCUGCAGAACAGAGUAGCCUCUAGCUCAAAGGUUGAAAAUACAUUCAGUGGACGCAGCAGUAAAUCUUUAGAACUCUCUAAUGCUCUUGAUCUUGCAGAGAGAAAAGCACGGGAAGAGGUUCAUUUGCGGGCCGAAAUCAAAAAGCAGGAAGCCGAAAGGCUCACAAGAGAAAGGGAGGAAAAACUACGUCUUAUGGCUCUUCGAGCAAGGGAACGAAAAGAUCAUGGGUUAGCCCAUUUUUUUUCCUCAGCUGAUCCACAGGCCGACCAAGCUCGUCAAAGACAGAUAAUUGCCGAAGAAAGGCGCAAACAACUUGAACUGGAGGCACGACAAUCGAAGUGGUCCACAGCCGACAGGCUCAGGUUUUUGGCACAUAGCCAGGGGAGAGACGUUUCUGAGAAAGUUAUUAUAGGUGCUGCGAAAACAACCGAUUCUGAAGAUAUUGUGCAUGACUCUAGAUUAUACACCAAGGCAGCACGACGAAAUGAAUCUCAAGUUUAUGACAGUCCACUGUUUAUGCAAGAAAGCAGGAGCAGUAUUUAUCGACCCAAAGUAGCUUCGUAUGCUGUUGAGCGCGCUGGUGAUACCCUGAGAAACCUAAAUCAGAGCACAGGAUCCAAUGAAACUCAAAAUUCGAAUCACAGAGGUCCAAUAGCAUUCACAAGAGCUGAACGUAGCGAGAGUGCGAGAACUGAGAAUGACGAAGCCGAGGAGCGAGAAGUCAAAAGGCCGCGCAACGGUUAA